AUGAGUGUAUCCACAAUUACAGAAAGACAACCAGCGACAAGAGUUCCGAGUUCGAAAAUUUAUUAUAACCUUACCGAACCGACACUAAAAAUCAGACCUAUUAAUAAAGUGAAACCUUUGCCCCCAGUUGUCCUCCCUGUAGCAGGACCAAGUAACCCCCAGGUUCCCCCUUCACAAGCUCGACUAGUUGACUUUGAAAGAGAGGAAGAAUUAGCUCGUCGCAGGAUAGAACACUUACAACAACACUUAGACGAUAGUUCCGACGACUCUGACGAGACUACGGCAUAUGACAGUGAUGGCAAGGACAAUGUGCAAACGAACCCUGAAAAGAAAAAUAAGAAAGGCAACCCUAAGGCACCCUUAGCACCCCCAUCCAUUAAAACCUUAGGUGGCCUCGGUAAACUUAAACCUUCAAUGGUAGCCCAAGUUCAACCCAAGGAUAUUUUUCGGAGACCGUCAGAAGUGCCAUCUACAUCACGGCCACAAGUUCUUGUACAAGGAAUAACAGAAUGGGUUCUAAAAUGGCUAACUAAUAAUUGGAAAACAAAUGACAACAGACCUGUAAAGAAUCAAAGAGCAUACGAGAAAUUAAUGAGUGCAUUAAAACACAUGGACGUCAUCUGGGAACAUGUUCCUGGACAUGAAGGAAUCGAUGGGAAUGAAAAUGCAGAUAGAUUAGCCAGAGAAGGUGCCCUUAUGGAACCCGAAUCGGAAUCAAGUUCUUCUUCUUCAUCGGAAUCAUUAGAAGCAGAACCAGAAACUAGCCUGGAUCGAUCGGUCUGA